AGGCUGUCAGAAAAGAAAGUACAGGGACAUCAUCCGCUACAGCCAAGCGAGAGCAUAGCACAGAGCGCGCCAAAUGAUAAUCGCGAGAGAGAGAAAGAGAGGGAGAGAGAGAGAGGGUUUAAUUAAUUCAUGCAGAAGGGGAGGGAUGUUUCUCUCGCUGAGUGUGCUAGUUCCAGCUCUGCAUGAGCUCUGCUGCCUGUAGCAUAUUGUUUGUAAGCCCGUUACGGCACUUAGACCAGCCAGGAACUGAACAGCCCCAGCAUCUCCUGAACGAGCAAAGGUCACAUAGGUCAUCGGCUGAACUUGCUGUGAUCUUCCGUGUGCACCUGUCACCUCCCCAUUGCAGAGCUCUUCAAAUCACGAUUCCUGCCAGUGACGCGGCAAGCACCUCACCUUUGCUCUCCCCUCAUCCUUCCGUCCCUUCUUUGUUUUGCCGCUCCGUACCGGGGACGCCUUUUUGCCAUCUGGUCUUAAGGAAAGGAGCUAUGAUCAUGCCAGAUAUCAUCGUCUCCAUCUCAUACUUCACCUGUGGAUAAUCAUCUUCAUCCCUCCCUACUCGCCGUAAGCGCUCUGACCAAUGAAAUGGGAGACUGGGUGUGUCUGAGCCCAGCCGAGUUCACGCAGCUGCAGCAGUACAGUGAGUAUUCAUCCAAGAAGCUUAAAGACGUGCUGGAGGAGUUUCAUGGAAAUGGUGUCCUCUCCAAGUACAACCCUGAGCAGAAGCAAGAUGUUCUUAACCAACCCAUCGACUACGAGGGCUUCCAGCUUUUUAUGACUACCUAUCUGGAGAAUGACAUCCCAGAGGAACUGUGCAAACACCUCUUCACCUCAUUCAAGAGCAAGACAGGAGGAGGAAACUCCCCAGACCCUUCUCGAUCUGGAGCGGGCAUGCUGGGUAUAAAUGGGAAGAGCGUUUUGAGUGCCAUGGGACGACACACUCCAGAACACUCAACAGGGAUCACUCCAAGCUCAGGGGCCACCACAUCUCCCUGCUCAUCCCGCACCUCCUCUCAGCGUUCGGGCACAGGAGGCCACACUCCCAGAGGCCCCAACAGGUCGCCCGGCACGCAGCCCAAACACCUAGCAGGCAGCAGUAGUAGUAACGCUUUGGCACUCUCCAAGACCACCAACUCCCCCCGCCUCUCCCCAGAGCGAAGUCAGUCGGAAAAUUGCACGUCUAUCCGGAGGAGUCCAUCUCCACAAAAGGGCUCUCCACUGCCCUCCCCUCAAGUUGUCUUCCUAAAAGACAUUGUGUGUUACCUAUCCCUGCUGGAAAGGGGGACGCCAGAAGACAAACUCGAGUUCAUGUUUCGGCUGUACGACACAGAUGGAAACGGUCUGUUGGACAGUUCGGAACUGGACCGCAUAAUAAAUCAGAUGGUCCAUGUAGCCGAAUAUCUUGAAUGGGAUUCUACAGAACUACAACCGAUUCUUAAGGAGAUGAUGGAGGAGAUCGACUAUGAUCAUGAUGGAACGGUCACACUGGAGGAGUGGAUCAGAGGGGGAAUGACAACCAUACCCCUGUUAGUACUGCUGGGAAUGGAGACGAAUGUCCAGGAAGACGGGCAGCACGUUUGGAGACUGAAGCAUUUUAACAAGCCAGCCUACUGUAAUUACUGUCACACUAUGUUGUUAGGAGUGAGGAAACAGGGCCUAUGCUGCGCACUAUGCAAGUACACAGUCCAUGAGCGCUGUGUGUCCAAAGACAUCGCUGCUUGCAUUAGCACCUACGCCAAGUCCCGCAGACACACCAACGCUAUGCAGCACGUUUGGAUGGAGGGAAACUCUCCAACAAAAUGUGACAAAUGUCACCGCAGUAUUAAGUGCUAUCAAGGUCUAACAGGCCUUCACUGUGUUUGGUGUCAAAUCACUCUUCAUAACAAGUGUGCGUCCAAUGUGAAGCCGGAGUGUGACGGUGGGCCGUUGAAAGAUCACACACUCCUGCCUUCAUACAUCUGUCCUGUUGUUCUGGACCGACAUUCGGCUGUAAAAAAAAGUGAAGGAGAGUCAUCGCCCAAUACCAGCCCUGAAGAUACCAAUCAGUGUUUCAAGUUUACUGGCGAUGGUCAAGCAUUGCAGAUCACCCCUCUGCCAGGAACACACCCUCUUCUUGUGCUGGUCAACCCCAGGAGUGGCGGUCGGCAGGGCGAGAGGGUGUUGCGAAAGUUCCAGUACCUGCUCAACCCCAGACAGGUGUACAGUCUGGAUUGUGGAGGACCCACAACAGGGCUCAACUUUUUUCGGGAUGUGCCAGAUUUCCGCGUGCUGGCGUGUGGUGGUGACGGAACAGUGGGCUGGAUUUUGGACUGUAUAGAUAAGGCCAAUUUUGCUCGCCAUCCACCUGUUGCAAUCCUGCCGCUGGGUACCGGGAACGACCUUGCUCGUUGUCUGCGCUGGGGCGGAGGCUAUGAAGGAGGAAAUCUGGUGAAGUUCCUCAGGGAUAUCGAGCACAGCACCGAGGUGCUGCUCGACCGCUGGAACAUCGACAUCGUUCCCGACGAUAAAGAGGAGAAGGGUGACCCUGUGCCCUACAGCAUAGUCAACAACUAUUUCUCCAUCGGAGUGGACGCAUCCAUCGCGCAUCGCUUUCACCUGAUGAGAGAGAAACAUCCUGAGAAGUUUAACAGCAGGAUGAAAAACAAGUUGUGGUACUUCGAAUUUGGGACUACAGAGACUAUCUCAGCCACUUGUAAAAAGCUAAACGAAGGCAUUGAAGUGGAGUGUGAUGGCAUCAUUUUGGACCUCAGCAGCACGUCCCUGGAGGGCAUUGCCGUGCUCAACAUUCCCAGCAUGCACGGGGGCUCCAACCUGUGGGGCGAGACCAAGAAAAGACGGAAUUACAAUCGAAUGAGUAAAAAAGUACCAGAAAGAAUGACUGGCAGCACAGUGACGGAUGCGAAGGAGCUCAAGUUUUGCGUGCAAGAUCUGAGUGACCAGCUGCUGGAGGUGGUAGGUUUGGAGGGAGCAAUCGAGAUGGGUCAGAUCUACACAGGUCUCAAGAGUGCAGGUCGGCGCCUUGCACAGUGUUCAAAUGUCACCAUCAGGACGUCCCGACUGCUGCCCAUGCAGAUUGACGGAGAGCCGUGGAUGCAGCCUCCGUGCACGAUACGGAUCACACAUAAGAACCAGGUGCCCAUGCUGCUGGGCGCACCCCAGAAAACGCCCUUCUUCUUUUUCAAGAAGCGUAACAGAAGUCGCGACUAGACGUGAGACUGCAAACAUCAGCCACCCUUUUACAAUUAUACAAACACAGGCAAACAUCUCCACCUUCCUCAGCCUCUUCUUCGUCUUUGGGUGGUGGGGACCCAAAGAAUAAAGGCUGAGCGCAGACUGUGACACUGAAACACUUUAAAACACUGACAAUAAGAAAACACACUGCAAUGGGCCUUUUAUGGGCAAUGGACUCCAUCUACCAACGUAGCCUGAACCAUUUGAACAGAGUGUAAUGACCACUUCCUGUGUCGUACCCUACAGAGAAAGUUAUACCGCAGUCUUGCAAGCGUUGACCUGUAAGCUAUGACUCGAUUCCAGCAAAAUUCCUCCCUACCAGUAGGCCACUGCCUUGGGAUCACACCACACUGUGUGCUUUCCCUUUUCUUGGGAAGGCUCAUCAGAAGAUACUGCCAGUUUUCAAGAGAAAUCGAGUGAGAGAGGAUAAAGAGAAUGCAGAUUAAAACAAAAAAUAGUGACUGAAAACAAAUAACAAAAAAGGUCUUCUUGAUCUACCACAUAGCACCACUAAAGAGGAAAUUUUAAAGUCAUCUAUUGUGAAGAUCUACAUGUGGGUCUCCUCAUGGUGAUACGUCAGACUGAGUUCAAAAAGUCCCAACAUUACAGCUUUGUUGUUUGCUUUUGGUAUUUUUGGUGUUCACCCUUAAACCUCAGAACUGGCCAGAGCAAUAUAAUUGGUCCUAUAAUGCAGUGCUAGAUGCUCAGUUACCCCCUUUCCACACAAAUGGUGCUGAUGCUAAGUUGGCGGGAACUUUUAAAGCUCCUUCAAAACCGGCCCGCAUUUCUCAUUGAUUUCAGAGCCAAAUGAUGAUGUAACUCGCCAUGUAACUACAUAACCACAACCAAACAUGCCACACCAAGAGACUUAAUACAUGGGUUGAACGAUAUUGAAGAGAAAUGCUAUAACUUGCUAAAAAUAAACAAUACAAUAUGUAAUAGGAUAAUGAUUUCAGUUUAUAAAAUCAAUUUAAAUUAUAAUCGCAUACUUGAAAAAUGAAGGCACGUUUCUCAUAUGGGGCGUAUCCUAUUCCCAGACUAAAAUGCAUGUUUGAUCUGCCUUGAUUUAUAAACAUCUUGCACUGACAUAUCUUAAGAUACAUCCGUGCCAUUGUUUUGUCUCAAGAUAAACAUCAGUAUUGUUUUUUGUAAGAUUUGUUUGUAACAUCUACUUUAAUGUACUAAUAUAACUAAAGCCUAGUCCUGGAUUAAUCUAAACCCUGUCUGGGAAAAGUAUAUAACCAAUAUACAUCUCUGUCUCAGUCUCUUUGCCAUCUGCAUCAAAACUUUGAUAACACUUUUUAAAGUAUUCAAUUCAUUCAGUUAUAAAAAAAUAUAUGCACAUAUGUGAUAUUUCAAAUAACUUGCAGGCUUAAUAGUAAUUUGAUUCAGCAUCAAUGACAUUAAAUCAUUGUGAUUGAAAAAUAUAAUUAAUAAUAGUUUCAGUGUGAUAUUUCUAAAUCAGAGCAUUUUAUUGAAAACCUUAACUGGAUGUCCGGCAACACACGUCCCAUCACAAUGUCUGCAUUCCCAGUGUAGAGAGCUGUUUUGUUUUCUCUUGGUGCAGGCAUGUUCACACCCCUGUGCAUAGAUGUUUUGGGUUCCUGGUAAAGCUGGUUUUAGGGGCCAUUGAUCUGCAUGGGCGAAACAUGGGAAACGUGCAAGAAAAGUCAUCAGCACCCUGGUAGUGGAAAAGGGGCAAAUGUGGAGAAUGGACCUAAAGGUCCAAUUUUACAAAAUAAUAAAAUUUAGGUUGACACAGCCCCUUAAUUUGAGAAUCAGUCUACUAAAGACAGUUUUGUACCAAAUGUGAUUCUGUCUGUGAAAUCCAGACUAAAGUCUCAUGAUCUAAUUAUGAGAUUAGAAGAAUCAAAGUUUCCACUUUAAUUUCAAUUUUUGCAUGAUCUUAGUCAGUAUUGAAGAUACCAAUGUCAUAUUUUCAGUCACAGGAUGUUCUUUACAUUAUUUAGGAUGGUUUUAUGUAAAUACCUGACUUUAGAUGGGUUUUCACAGACAGGAUCACAAUUACCAUUUAGUGGCAAUUGGUCAUUUUUUAUUAAAAAGACAGAAUUUUAUCACAAUACUGUGCCCUUUAAAUUGUGUGCAAUUCAUUAAAAUUGGAUUAAAUAUUAAAGAGACACUCCACUUUUUUUUAAAUAAACUAAUUUUCCAGCUCCCCUAGAGUUAAACAUUUGGUCUUUACCUUUUUGGAAUCCACUCAGCUGAUCUCCGGGGCUGGCGCUAGUACUUUUAGCAUAGCUUAGCACAAUCCAUUGAAUCUGAUUAGACCAUUAGCAUCACGUCAACCAAAGAGUUUUGAUAUUUUUCCUAUUUAAAUCUUGACUCUUCUGUAUGUACAUUGUGUACUAAGGCAGAUGGAAAAUUAAAAGUUGCGAUUUUCUAGGCCAAUAUGCCUAGGAACUAUACUCUCAUUUUGGCGUAAUAAUCAAAAACUUGAUGAUAUUACGCAGCAGCCGGAAAUAGUCCCCUUAGUAACUUUCAAUAGCAAGGGGUGAUUUUCGGGCACUGCAUAAUAUCAUUGCGCCUGCUACAGCCAUGUUACAACGGCAAAGUCCUUGAUUAUUACGCCAGAAUGAGAGUAUAGGUCCUAGACAUAUCGGCCUAGAAAGUCACAAUGUCGGUCUUAGUACACGAUGUGACUACAGAAGAGUUUUCAAUGGAAAAAUAUUGAAACUCUUUGGUUAUUUUUGAGCGUGAUGCUAAAUGGUCUAAUCAGAUUCAAUGGUCUAAUCAGAUUCAAUGGAUUAUGCUAAACUAUGCUAAAAGUGAUCGGCUGAAUGAAUUCUAAAACAGGAGGAGAGCUGGAAAAUGAGAAUAUUAUAUAAAUGCUGGAGUGUCCCUUUAAUGUUCAAAGGAAAAUAGAUUCAACUUUGUAUGAUAAAGUAGCAAAUCCUUUAUUUUUUUUACCAAAAUAUAUUUGCCAAGAAAUGACAAUAAUAUAAGAAACUUGUGAUUUGACCUGUUAUUGGAGAGCAGUCUGAGAAACCAAGUCCUUGUGCUAUGUCUUGGAGCAUCUCCAUCCUCGGAGGGCUGUAAUGGAUCCAGCACUGGUAUUAACACUCAAUUCUGUGGUCCUCUCUCACAACAAACUGCUGCCGUGGGGUUUGAUUUACCGCUGCAUGGACAGAUCCUAAAUUUAACUUCCUAUUCCAGGGAGCGUCUAUCUUGUGAAACACUACUCCUUAUUGCAGCAUGAAAACAUCAGAUCACAAUUUCAGGUCGGCAGUCGAAAGGAUGUAAAAGCGGACGAAUGCAAAGUACACCAGUUACUUACAGUUAAACUUAUCCUCUAAUAAUAGUGACUGCAUUAUCUAAAAACAUUUUAUAGAAGAAGAUAAGUAGGAAUCGAGCAUUUUAGGGCCCAUAUUUUAUUGUCUAAAUAAAAUGCCCACUAUGUAUCAGUAUUUGUAUAUACAAAAAGCCUUAUGUGCAUAUAGAAAUGUGUUACUUAUAGAGCAAGUUAUAUAGUUUGAGAGAUUAUCAGUGAUGGGUUACAUGAUUGACUGUAGGCAAAUGUCCCCAAACGCUCAGUGAUCAACACAUGCAUUUGCUGUGUGCUAUAGGAUAUGAAGAUAGAGCUGUUGCCCAUCCGAAGGUCUGUGUUGGACUGUAUAUAUUUCACCAAUACAGAACUGGGAUCAGAUUAACCGUGUCAUUAAAAUAUUGAAGUUUAUGGGUUUGAAACUGAUCUCAGUUCAGCUCUGAUAUAAUUACAUGACCAGAAUUACAUCCCUUUAAAGAACACUGAACCGCAGAAGCUACAUCAGUGUCCUAAAACUGAUCAUCUCUCCAUAUGACCACAGGAACAAGCAAAGGUGACAUCCAGUCAGUAAGUUUAUGGUGGAUUUUGUUAAUAAAGCUCCAUUUGUUUUGUGGUCAUUGGACAGAUGGUUUAUCCUGAAUGACAGUCUGGCGGUUUGGUUAAGAGUGCAUGUUUACAACUACUUUUCAUUUUAAAGUUCAGAAUGAUUUUAAACAGUCAUGUAUAUAUAGAUAUUGUUUAUAUUUUAUCUAAAGUUUGACCACCGCAUGCCUGAUGAAACAAAGAUGUCUGCCUGAAGAGAGACCAUGCUGAUUGUUGCAACUUUAUUAGUUCCCGCAAUUAUAUUUUUUACCCAUAAGCACCUAAGUAUCUAUCCACUGUACUUUUCUAAUGAUCUUUUAGUAGCAUGUUCAUUGUAUAUGUAGCUCUGUGGCUGUAUUAUUGUUAUGUUUUGUAUUUUAUAGGCAGCGGUUUCACACCAAUACUGUAUGCGGAUCAAUAUAGGCAACUGAGGAAUGUCAUUGGAGUUUAACCUACAGGAACUGUCAUGUCAAAAUCUUACCAAUGUCACCUUUUGUGUUGUAUCUGUCAAAAUAAAUAACUGAUAGCCUUAACUUUAGCAUUUUGCCUGGGGCAAAGUAAGACUCUUGCAAUACAAGCCACUGAAAAAUCAACCAAAUGGAGAAAAAAAUCAAUAGUGAAUAGAAAGGUAAAGAUCUGUUUUCCUGUGUUGCAAUAAUUCAUAUUUAAUGUCAUCAUACUGGCUUGGAUGAUUUUUUUGGUCAUAGACUAGCCAACUGUUAUCUUAUAUUAUUUUUGCUGUCACCUUAGCUUUUCUAAAGCUGUGAUUGCUCAAUCUGCCCAUCACUGUCUCGUAUCUCAUAACAAUAAUGUGAUUUUAUCUUUAAACAAAAACAUGCUGCCUCUUGAGACCAAAACAGGAAAGACUUUAAAGAAUGGUGAGCUUUAUUAAGGCCAAAAUCAUAUUGCUAUUCCUAACCCUAUUGCCAAUUAACUUACAAUUGAUUUUAACCUAAAGCUAAAGUGUGAAUAGGGAUUGUUUUGGAAAAACCUGAGUAAUUUCUACAUUUCCCAGACCAAAACUCACCACUAGUCUUCAAACUGGUCAGGAUGCUAUUUUAAAAGUACCACAGUGAAAUCUACCUAUAAAUUACUUACUUGUGGUUGUCUGUGCAUCUUAAAGGGAUAGUUUAUGCAAAAAUGAACAUUCUGUCAUCAUUUAAAUGCAUCCUUAUGUUGUUCUAAACCUGUAUUUUACUUUCUUUUCUUCUGUUAAAUACAAAGAUAUUUUGGUUAAAGAGACUCUCCACUUUUUUGAAAAAAUUCUCAUUUUCCAGCUCCCCUAGAUUUAAAAAUUUGAUUUUUACCGUUUUUAUCCACACUCAAAAAAAAUAUUUUUGCACCUUGUCUAAUUUACUUAAAAGAAACAAGUUAAUACAACACAAUUUUUAAUUUUUUUGUCUAAACCUAUUUUUAUAAUGUUCAAUCUGCUUAAAUUAAAAAAAAAUUACAUGAACUCAAUAAUUUUAUAUUGGGACCACAUUAAUGAUUUUUGUUGCUAUUACUUACUGGGCCGUGAAUCUGUAUUUCCCAGCAUGCUUUGCAUGCAACUGCCUUUGGAGAGUAAUUUUUUAAAUUAAGUUAUUUUAUGCAUUUUUAGGUUAAGAGAAAGACUUUAUAGUGUUUAAUGUUGGUUUACCUUAUUUAUUUAGAAGAUUUUUUUGUUAUAUUUUUACGAAUUGUUUGGUUACCAUCAUGCAGAAGAGUGGCGCUUGUGGUUAAGUUGUGGAUGUGACAUACGUACUUAUUUUAAAAAGCACUAACUGUGUUAAUGACUGUUUGAAGAUCAGUCUCUUUUCACAUGUUCAUCCAAUGUGUCAUUGGCAUGCUAACGUGUGCUUAUGCUAAUUAGUAUUAUAUAGAAACUGACAAUUGGUUUAACUAGACUUUUUUGCUUGAAUGAACUUGUUUUGUCUUUGUUGAACAGACCAGAAAUAAUUGCGUGGAAAAGUUUUCCUUAACUGAAUUUAGUUUAUUGAACAAGAUAUUUUUAUGACCAAUAUAAAUAUAUUUAUUAAGUUGGUGCAACAAAAGAUUAUUUGUUUAAAUUAACUUAUUGUAUUCUUGUUGUACAAGCCUAAUCUAAUUUCGUGGAAAAGUUUUCCUUAAUUCAAUUAUGUUGAUUGAACAAACAAUUUUUUUGAGUGCAUUUAGCUG